CACAGGUAUAAGAUGAACUAUGGAAAGUGAAGGCUUAUGACCAAACUGUUGACUUCACUAUUAUCGUUCCUGUACAUCAUCAUAGGAGAUGGCAAAACUCCCUGAAAAACAUGGUGGCUCCGACUCGGUUAAUCCUGGAGGAUACGGUCCCACUGAGGAGGCCACUGAGGGAUUUAACAUUCUUUGUUUUCAGCUCAAGCCCAGAGCCCAGGCAAUAACAAACGAGAUUUUUGAGGAUUUUCGGGCAAUUUCUUACCGGGCUCAGGUUGUAGCUGGAAAAAACUUCAUAUUCAAGGUUCAUGUUGGCGAAGAAAACUACAUCCACAUAAAGGUCUACUGCGCUCUGCCCUGCUAUGGAGGAGGAGUAGUGGUGGUUGAUGUACAGCAGAACAAGAAGAAAACUGAUCCCAUCGAACCUUUCUAAUGUGGCCACAGUAAACUCACCAGCACCUCUGGGUUUUAAUACAGAGUGUUGUGUUUCUUUCACAUCAAUUAAAGAAAUAAUUCUUUAAAAUCAGCAUGUUAAUCACAUUAAAACAAAGUGGCUCUUUGGUGUUGAGAACUUCAUAUCUUACUUUUCAGAUUAAAAUAUAUUUUAAUGAAGC